GGAAUUUCCAGUGGGGAAGGAAAUCAAGCCACUUUUAUUAUAAUUGAGAGACAAACUCAGUCACCUGCAUAACCCCGCUGCGCGCGCUGAAAGACAUUUCUUUCUUAAAUUGCUCGGACUGAAAUAAUAUCGCGUUUAUGAACGGUAAUGACGCGCUCGUGCCUCGUCAUGACGUUUUGUGAUUAAAGUCGUGCUGUAAGAAAAUGGGUCUGUUGGUUCAGCAUGGCGAAAUAAUGAUGUGCACGAGUCAGCCGGAGUGAAGCGGAACGAGGACUGACACCCAUAUUUCAUGCGGAGAAGCUGACUUUCACCUGAGCAAGCUAACCAGGUAACAACCUGAAAGCUACAGUGACUAGCCUCGCAGCUGGUUACUGGCAGCCGAACUUCACCGUGACCCGCGGCCACUCCGCUGGCUGCUUUGUUUUGUUACUUACUUCCUUAUUAGCCAGAAACAAUGGCGGGAGACGACCACUACCUUCAUCCUUCCAACCAGAUAUAUGAGAUGAUUGAUCCGACCUGGGACUUUCCCCCUUUCUCUGCGAUGCCUCCAGCAACGUCUCUGCGGACAGUGGACGGACCGUACUUGCAGAUCCUGGAGCAGCCGAAACAGCGUGGCUUCAGGUUCAGAUACGGCUGUGAAGGUCCGUCUCACGGGGGUCUGCCGGGAGCCUCCAGUGAGAAGAACAGGAAGACCUACCCAACUGUUAAGAUCUGUAACUACCAGGGUCAGGCUCGGGUGGUGGUCCAGCUGGUGACGGCGCUGACCUCUGGCCCUCAGCUGCACGCUCACAGUCUGGUGGGAAAACAGUGUGAUAAAGGCAUCUGCAUCGCUGACCUGCAGUCUAAAGAUGCCAGUAUCAGUUUUCCAAACCUGGGGAUCCUCCAUGUGACAAAGAAGAACGUGGCAAAGACUCUGGAGGAGAGGAUGGUCGAGGCCUUCAGGAUGGGAUACAGCUGUGGAGUCACCAUCCACCCGGAGAUCGACGCCAUGCAAGGGGAGGUCCGAGUCCCCCGAGAGCUCAACGACCACCAGCGCAGCCUGAUCAGCAGCGCAGCAGCCAAUCAGGCUAAAGAGAUGGACCUCAGUGUGGUUCGACUCAUGUUCACGGCGUUCCUCCCCGACAGCGACGGCGGUUUCUCCAGACGACUCGAGCCCGUGGUGUCAGAGCCGAUCUAUGACAGCAAGGCUCCGAACGCUUCCAACCUGAAGAUUGUGAGGAUGGAUCGCACUGCCGGCUGUGUAACUGGAGGAGAGGAGGUCUACCUGCUCUGUGACAAAGUCCAGAAAGACGACAUCCAGGUUCGGUUCUACGAGGAAGACGAAACGAGGGUGACCUGGGAGGCUAUGGGAGACUUCUCCCCCACAGACGUCCACAGACAGUUUGCCAUCGUCUUUAAAACUCCGAAGUAUCGAGACCAGAACCUGCAGAAACCGACGUCUGUGUUCGUCCAGCUGAAGAGGAAAUCUGACAACGAGACCAGCGAGCCCAAACCCUUCACCUACCACCCUCAGAUCAUAGACAAAGAGGAAGUUCAGAGGAAGAGGCAGAAGACAUUGCCAAACUUCCAGGAUUUCAGUGGUCACGGAGGAGUAGGAGGAGGUCUGUACCGAGGAGGAGGAGGUCCAGCUGCAGGAGGUGGACCUGGAUCAACAGGAGGAGGAUACUUCCAGUUUCCCACAUACAACUAUGGAGGAGGAGGAGGUGGAGGUGGAGGUUUCUCCACAGGAUACUCAGCUGGUCUGGGGGGAGGAGGAGGAGGAGGAGGAAGUGGUAUCAAACAUGCUUCGCAGGGCAACGAUGCCGAUGACAGCGACGAUGACAGCGACCCAGAUAACGAUUCCACGUCUGGCGCUGUGCUGCGAGCUUCAGGAGGCCCGGAGGAGGGGGAGAGGAUAGAGGAUGGAGGGGUCAGUGUGGAGCCAGAAGCAGACAGAGAGCUGGUUCAGGUGACCCACAUGCAGCUGGAGGCUCUCUUCCAGUACUCGGUCACAGGUGAUUCAGCGUACCUGCUGGCCCCACAGCGCCCACUGAUGAUGCGCAGGACGAGGACGGAGACACAGGGCUGCAUCUGGCUGUUCUCCAUAGCCAGCAGGGCGCUGAAGAGUCUGACACAGGUGGUGUCAGCUCUGCCUGGAGAAGAAGUCCUCAACACCAGGAACCAUCUGUAUCAGACUCCUUUGCACCUGGCAGUGAUCACUCAGCAGAGGACAGCUGUGGAGGCGCUGCUGCUGGCCGGCGUCGACCCAACACUGACAGAUCGUCAUGGCAACACGGUGCUGCACCUGGCAGCCCAGCAGGAAGGAGGUGGGAUGGUUCAGUUUUUACUGCAGCACCGAGAGAUCCAAGGAUUGCUAGACUACAGCAACACAGCAGGACUGUGUGCGAUCCACCUGGCUGUUUUGGCCAAUCAGCUGUCUUGUCUCAGGGAGCUGCUGGAUGGCGGGGCCAAUGUGGAGGCUCAGGAGCGCAGCUGUGGACGGACCGCCCUCCACCUCGCCACGGAGACCAACAACGUGUCGCUGGCCGGCUGCCUGCUGCUGGAGGGAAACGCAAAGGUGGACUGCUGCACCUUUAACGGCUCCACCCCCCUCCACAUCGCUGCAGGGCGGGGAUCCAUCAAGCUGACAGCUCUGUUGAUGGCUGCAGGAGCCGACCCGCAGAGGGAGAACUUCGAGCCGCUCUUCUUCAGGGAGGAGGAGGAGGAGGAGCAGUGCUCUGAGGAAGAGAGGGAGGAUGAAGAUGAUGAAGGCUACAUCCCAGGAACAACUCCACUCAACAUGGCCGCCACCUCUCAGGUGUUGGAUCUUCUGAACGGUAAAGAAUACGAACCAAAAACUCCUCAUAGAGCCUUCAUCCCUCCUCAAGGUGACCUGGCGAGCCUGGACGUGGCGGUGAAGCAGGCCGUAUGUGAUGCUCUGGAGAGUGAAGGAUUCUGGGAGAAUCUGGCUCACAGUCUCGGCCUCGGCAUCCUGAACAUGGCCUUCAAACUGAGCCCCUCCCCCGCCAAAACCCUGCUGGACAGCUAUGAGGUUUCAGGUGGGACAGUCCGAGAUCUGCUGGCUGGUCUCAGGUCAGUGGGAGAGUGUCGAGCCCUGAGCAUCCUGGAGGAGGCGCUGCAUCACAACCAGGAAACUUCGACAGCUGAUGACAUGACCGGCGAGGCUCUGUGUGCUCAGGUUCGAAAUCUAAAGUGGACGUUCAGAUUGACAGCGGGGUCUGUGACAGCGGGGUGGAGCUUUCCACGGCGUAACCGUCUGAUUGGUCCGUCUGCAGCUGCUUUCAUCAGAGUAAAGCACAGGUCAUCCAUCCAUCAUUCAUCUAUCGUCCAUCCAUCCAUCAUCCAGCCUGCUCUUCGGAGGAUGCAGCGCUCCUCCUUCAGGUUUGCAUGAAUCGUGUCCUGAUGAGACACAAACAGAAGAACAGCUGACCACGGGUCGCCCUGACUUGAGCCGAGUUUGGACUGCCAGGGAAGACGCCUACAGCUUUGACCUGAGCAUCCUGAGAAGCUGCUGAGCUGUUCUGUCGCUAUGGUUUCAGCUCCUGUGGAUGAGCUUAGAGAUGAAGACAUGGAUUUGAGGGAUUUCCUGUGGACUUUGUCUUGAUGAAGCUCAGCAGCAACUCUGCAGGAAAAGGUGCUACUAAAACUCAAAAUGAUUGUAAAGAGGAAACUUCAGAUGUUUUCGGGUCUGUCUGAGUUCAGAGCUCGAAUCAGCUGGUGCGUGACCGUUGUUGUUUUCAUGUUUAGUUCAGAACUCUGACCCGGGAUCAGCUCAGCAGCUCCCAGGACGAGCUACAGGAAGUGAACCAUUGGAUAAGACCAGAAGGUCCUGCCCCCACAGAGAGCACAGUUUUCUCCUGCUGGUCUGGACCAUUGUGGUUUAUUGCACACCAUUAGACCUGAACUCUGACUUCAAGACUUCAGAAACCGACAGAUCUGCUCCAUCUUCCUUUACCCAACAGCAUUCGGUGUGUUUUUUCACAGAUCUGAACCCAGUCCAAAUUCAGGUGAGAAGAACGACCAACAGGCGUCAAGUUUGAACUUUGUUUGUAAUCAAACAACAAACAGGAAGCAGCUGAUUGGUUCGCAUUUCUAUUUCUAUUGACUUUAAUUCUGAGUGAAUUUAUAAUCGGUCACUUCGCAGCCGCUCAGAUGAUCACAUUCUUCUUCUUUCACACUGAGACAAACCUGAAAACAUCUUGAAAUCCAGCUGCGUGUUAUCAUCUGAUUUUUCAUGUAUUCAAUGUUUUUUUGUUUUUAUUAUUCUGUCAUGACUCUGAACUAUCUGCAGCCGACAUGUUAGAGCACAGAGAAAUGUUUAAAGAAUGCAAGGCAUUGUGGGAAAUGUAGUCCAAAACUGUGAGUUGUUGCCCUCCAUCAGCGUGAAGCCAAAGUUUCUAUUUCCAGCAGAUAUUUAUGUCCCCAUGACCUGUAACUGGUGUUUUUUAAAUAAAGUUUUUUAUAUAAA